AUGUCCGCCGGCGCGAUUAACACGUCGAACGAACUUAAUGCUCACGAAGUUCGUAUUACUUCUCACGGGAAGAUGAACGUCUGGGUAGACUUCGCGUUGAAGUUCUUCGAAGAGAACCCGGACAAGCCACUAACUCUACAUACACUCCCUGUCCCGUCGCAAUCCGCCGCGCGCGAGCGGGACGCGGUGUCGUGUUCACCCGCGUCCGCAUCCACACCUGCGGCCGCAGAAAACAAGCUAGAAAAGAUGCAUCCGUCCAUGGCACUCAUACCGCGCCUCAUCUCGGUCGUUGAGGUCAUCAAGCGCGAGUACGUCAAACUGCUAGACCCUGUGCUCGCCGAAAAAGACCAGCUCUCGGGGCUGUAUCAGUACAAUGAGCUCGGCGAGCUCGACCUAUCUCAUGGCAAAGAGGUAGACCCGGAGGAAAGCAGAAGGAAGGAGCUAGUGACGAUGUUGCAGGGGAAGAACCAUCUCAAGAUUAAGAAGGUAGCGUAUAUGAAGGUCACGCUAAGCAGGAAAGAGCUAUCGCACGCACUCAGGAGGCCUCAUACGUACCAGAAACCGGUUAUUCGUAAGCUUUCCAAGUCGACUCGAAGUCGUGCCAAGAGGCGGAUGGCAAAGGAAGCUGACGCCCCAAGCAAAUCAUAA